AUUAAUAUCUGAGUUAAUAAAGAAAAGAAUAGAAUAGAAUGUAAAAAAAAAAAAAAAUCCUCUGGCGAUUGGCGAUGGCGAUAGCAUUCAAGGCCAAGGGUAUCGAUGGCCAGCCAUGAAUGGGAACCGGGGGCUCGGGAGUUUCGCGUGAAUCGUACGAGAUUCAGUCGAAUUGAAAAGUAUGAGGGAUUUGAUGGAGAUUGAUAUGUUCAAAAUAUCAAUUUGAGAUCUAACGAGAUUUUGAAGACGGGGUUUUCGAUUGGAGAUCGGGAUGAAGUUAACAUAGAGGCAUCGUGGACAAGACCUGCAGAUCGGAAGAGGAUUCCUGAAGAUCAAUUACGAGAUCUACACUCUUUAAAACGAAAUCUCUGAUAAUGGCUUGGGGAAAAGUCAAUAUUAUGCAAUAUUAUGGCUUGGUCUCUGGAUACGGUUUCUAUAGAUGGUUCACGGGAUUGUAUGGAUACAUGUUGUGCGAUUGUGCGAAACAUGUUGGAAGGAUCUGGGUCAACUGGUUGGAGCGAAUGGUGAUGGGAAAAUUGGUGGAGGCAACCGAAAGAGGCUGAAGAUUUCUGUUCCACAUUUCGAUAACUCUGACCUCAUUAAGAGUUAUUCCAAAACCUUGAUCGGAAGGAGUAUGAAUCCAAGGAAGCAAGAUAUCUCGUCCUUGCUGGUGAUGCUACCAAAGAUAUGGAAAGUGGAGGAGAGGGUAGCAGGCACAGAUUUGGGAUUGGGAAAGUUUCAAUUCCACUUCGACAACCAUAUCAUUUCGACUUUUGGAUGAUAGCCUUGGACCGAUGGUAACUAAGGAUGGCGAGAGAUUUUCCUUCGGUGAUCCCAUUUUGGAUCAAGAUCGUAGACGUCCCCACAUAAUUCUGGUCAACCUCUACUUUUCAUAGCAUUGGUGAUGCGAUUGGUGAAACCACAGAUGUGGAUCUUUAUGAUGGUAAAAUGCGGGUACUUGUUGAUGGGCGCAAGGAAUUGUGUUUUGAUACAACGGUUGAGGUACUUGCAACUCUCAAGUAUGAUAAACUGUUUGGAUAUUGCUCGCUCUGUUCUAGUCUUUGCCAUGCUUUGGAGUAUUGCCCCUUGAAUCCGAAGAGUUUGCUUAAGAGGAAGGAGAUUAGAGAUGGAGUAGCGAAUCGAACCGAGGAUCGAGCAAGAAGUUACAAGGGAGUGGUGAUCAAUGAGGGAGGAAGCAAUCAAGAAGGUGAGAAGGAUGUCAAAAGUAUCAAGGAAAGGGUAAAGGAAAGAUGUAUGAGGAGCAAGACACGAAAUGGGAGAGGGUGACUGAUCGUGGAAACAAAAGACCAUAUUCAAACCGGUCUCACAACAAAAGUGAGGAAGGGAGUUGCAGAUGCCGGAGUUCUCGCUGGGAACAAUCAAGAAGGCCAUCUGAAGAGGAAAGAAUUCGAUACGCCCGACCUUCACGAGGGGAAAAAGUCCAUUAAGAGGGGAAAGAAGUCUGUUAUGGAAGGUAAGAGAAGACACACGUGAAGAAGGAGAAAUACGGAUAGAUGGAGAGGACAAGAUUACUGUGCAUCAGGAAGAGGAAAAAAACUUAGGAUCAAACAGCAAUGCAAGUCUUACGAAGGGAGUUACUCCACUGUUAGGCGACCAACGUGACUCUACUAAGGUAACUACGACUUUAGGAGAUAUGGGGAAUGGUUUGAUACUGGCUAGUGAAUCUUUAGGUGAUGUAACCACAACUCUAGAACAAUAUGGAGGAACAAAUGUAGGGGUGGAAUGGUCUCAAAAUGAGGAUGGAAUGGAAUUAGGUGAGGAUGAUCAUAAUUGGAAAGAGUCUGAUGAGAUAUUGGAAUUUGAGGAUGAAUUUCAGGAUCUUACGGAUGGUGAGGAUAAGAUAAUGACUCAGGAGGGAGCUACGGAAGCGACUGAAGAAAAUGCGCUUGUCAGAGAUACAGCCGACACAGAGGCACCUGCAAUGGAGAAGAAAGUUGCUCCCCGUAAACCACUAUUUUCAGGGAAUGUUGGUGUCCAUACAAAGAAGUUUACUCAAGUCCUAAUGUCGCCGCGUAAAUGUGUAGCUCCCAAGCAGACUGGCCGGAAGGGAGGAGGAGGCGGAGGUGCUAAGAAGAUGGAAGACAAGGGUCCCUUAAACCCUAAACAACUUCCUAAACCUUAAGCUUUAUGGAUAAGAGUUGUCUAUUAGAUUUAUAAUGGGAUUGCGGGAGGUUUUUUAUUUAUGGUAUUACUAAAAUAAGCUCUACGAGUAUCUUUUCUUUUUGGAAUACUUUGAUUUUGGGAGGGUUCUCAAUUUGGUCUGGUCUGUUUGUUUUCUUAAGGUUAUGGAAUAAAAAUGGUUGCUUUGGUUA